CAAAUUAAAGCCCUCGCAUACCAUACGAAGAUACUGUAAGAAACAAAGAUACAAUUUUCUCGAAGCCCUUCCCUACACCAAACCUGAAAGAAACCCUAAAUCAGCCAUGGCCAAGAAGCGAAAGUCUCGUUCUUCACAAUCUUCACAAGAAGAACAAGUGCCGGUUGAGGAUCCAACCGUCAGUGAUGCUGUUGUAAAGGAGGAGCUAGAGCAUGGAAACGAACAACCUCAAAAUUUGGACGAGAAUAAAGAAAACGAUGAACAAGGAGAGGAAGAUCUUCAAGAAGUAGAAGAAGUCGAUGUCGAUGAGGAUGAAGAGGAAGAAGAAGAGGAAGAGGAAGAAGAAGAAGAAGGAGAAGGAGAUGAACAAACGACGGGAAACGAGGUGAAAGAAGUUAAGGUUGAAACGAACGGCGGAGGCGGACAGGUAAUAGAAGAUUUGUCGGACGAGCCUGUCGAGAAGCUUCUCGAGCCGUUUGCCAAGGAACAACUCGUUUUACUCUUGAAGGAGGCUGUUUCCAAGUACCCUGACAUUGUCGAAAGUGUCGAGAAGAUUGCCGAUGCAGACCCUGCUCACAGGAAGAUAUUCGUUCAUGGUCUAGGAUGGGAUACCACCACCGAAACCCUAAUUAGCGAGUACAAGAAGUACGGCGAGAUCGAGGAUUGUAAGGCUGUGGUAGACAAGGUCUCUGGAAAAUCAAAAGGAUACGGAUUUAUCCUCUUCAAGCACAGAAGUGGUGCUCGAAAAGCUUUGAAAGAACCUCAGAAGAAGAUAGGGAAUCGCAUUACCUCCUGUCAGCUUGCUUCUGCCGGACCAGUCCCAGCGCCUCCACCAACCGCCCCUCCAGUGUCUGAAUACACACAGAGGAAGAUAUUCGUGAGCAAUGUAUCAGCUGAGAUUGAUCCUCAAAAACUUCUAGAGUUCUUUUCGAAAUUUGGGGAGAUUGAAGAUGGGCCAUUGGGAUUAGACAAGCAGACGGGAAAGCCUAGAGGUUUUGCACUGUUUGUGUAUAAGAGCAUCGAAAGUGCAAAAAAAGCUCUUGAAGAGCCACACAAGAACUUUGAAGGACAUAUUUUGAAUUGCCAGAAGGCUGUUGAUGGUGUGAAAAUGGGGAAAGGUUUCCAUCCACAGCAACACCAGCAUCAUCAUCAACAUCAUAAUCAGUAUGGUGGUCAUCAUCAUCAUCCUUCAAAAAAGGCCAAGUUUUCCAUGGGAGGAGGUGGUGCAGGAGCAGGACAAGGUCAUUUGAUGGCUCCUUCUGCACCCACUAUGGGGUUCACUCCACCAGUUCCUCCUCCUGCAUUGACUCCUGCUUUGGGGCAGGCGUUGACUGCACUUCUUGCCUCUCAGGGAGCUGGAUUGGGAAUUACUAAUCUUCUUGGAGGACUUGGCACCCCUGCAAAUCCACAGGGUAUGCCACAUGUCAACAAUUCUGGAUAUGUGAAUCAGGGAGCUGCAAGCUAUCAACAGCAAGGUGGGUAUCCCAAUCCACAGAUGGGUCAAGGCGGCAGUAGGCCACAACAAGGUGGUGCAUCUUACAUGGGUCAUGGUCACUAGGUUAUGUUUUCAGGAAAUGAACAAGAAGUGAAGAACUGAGGUGUCUUGGAAUUUGGGCAAUCAUUUAUCUAUCCCCGGGCAGGCGGGCAGCAUAGAAGGUAAAAUAUGUUGAUGGUUGAUGACAUUUUUCUUACUAAAAAAUGCCAUUUUUUUAUAUUUGAGUAACAAUAUUAUAUAUUCAUAAAAGUAUUUCUAUACCCAAAUCCUCCUUCAAGCUAACAAAAUGCUGACAGUUGGUGGCUGUUUUUUUUUGUUUUCUUUUCGUUAAGUCCUGUAUGUGUAUGGGUACAUUCACCAUUUUACUCUUACAUUUUAACAAAUAAUUUUCAUAAUACACGUCAUUUUUUUUUACAAAACACCAAUUUUAACAUGAGAGAAGUUGGGAGGAAAAAAGAUGAAGGACAAAUGAUUAAAGGGUUAGUGUCUUACCCUUACUACAUAAAUCCAAGUUUUCACUCAAAAUAACCCUUCCUAUUUUUGUUAACACAUUAAACUCAUCAAGUAAAAAAGAAAUAACCCUUCCUCUUUUCCUGUUAAAGUUGCACAUUUUCCCAUUGUUAUGGCUUUACAUCAUGGCCCUUCUGAUAAAUAAUCAAACAUUUCAACCUUCAUGCAUGUAAGUCAAAAUAUUUCAAUUAAAAAUAAAAAAACUUAAAGGUGGAUUCUUUUGUUAGGAAGGCAUACAUAUAAAUAGUAAGAGUUCCUUUAGUUUCGAAAUAUAACUCAAAGUUUCUUUUGAGGUGAAGUUUUAGCUACUUCUGAGGUGACCCACAUUAGCAUCAUGUAAAUCAGGUAAAUGCAACAUGUUGCUCGUAAGUAGCCCAAAUCCACAUUGCGGUUGUUGAGAUUUGAACCCUUGAUAUAUUAUGAACAUAUGCCAUCCUAGAACCACAUGUGCUAUAUCUUUGGGGCUAGUGGGUGUCCAUUUCGAAGAAUGUAGGUGGGAGCUAAUAGAAGAAUGCCAUGAAGGGUUUGCUAUUUGGCAUGAGAGGUUAAGCUCCAUUUGUUGACAUUUGUGUUUAGUUUCCUAUAAAAAAAAUUAUUAUGUUUAUUUUGUGGAACUCUUUUCCUAAUAUAUAAAAUAGAUUGAGAUAAAUAUUAGUUA